AUGAUCAGCGCUACCUCCUUCUUGAAUCACUCGGCCGCCCGACCGCCGCGGUAUCGCACUCCUUCACCUCCGCGACGCGCCGUCGAACCAAUUUCACCAUGUACUACCUCCGACGCCCGUGUCUCGUGGGUUGACUGCGCCGUGUCUAAAGCUGCGAGCUCCGACGGCAAUCGAUACCCUACAAACAAUGGUGGAUAUGCCACGACUGCCGACGCCGCACAUCAUCGGUCGAGCCAUGGUCGAUCCAGCUCGACCAUCGACACCCUUGCGACGAUUGCUCUCGCGACGAGCCCACCUUUCGCGCCCGUCUCUUAUCGACCCCCCUCCCAAAACUCCGCCCCCUCCAUGCCUUUGUUUCCCCCGGAGCCCGCCGAAGCUGAAGAACGCCCAGCUAAGCGGCCACGGUCGGAGAAAGAUCCUUCGCCGCUCUAUCCACCCCAAAAUAACUCGAUACCCGAUCCCAAUGCUCCCUCGACUUUUGAUAGCAUGAAGACCGAUGCGGAGCUUCUACUGAAUUUCGCGCGGCCUUCGAAUUUUUAUUUCCCUUCGUCGAAGCGAGUCAGCAUUGACGAAUCAUAUCACCCUCAAGGGAAUGACUUAGAUCCCCAUCUUGCCAUCGGGUUUGGCGUUGCGGGUUUGGAGCCGAAGGAAGAAGGUUCUGCACAUAAUGUCCCUACCUCAAACAAUAUACCGCCGUCGCGUAUGAGGUCACGGUCCGAUGGCUCAGCCGUCGCCUCUCGGCCAGUGCACCAUGGCGUGCGACCGAGCACCAGUUCUUCUACGCUUCCGCCCUUCAUGCCGGAAGAAGAUGGUGGAGGGAGACACUGGGGUUCGAUCACGAAAGAAAUAUCGAACGAUACACAACUUUGCCCCGGAAGUUCUGGUGCGAUGGGAGCUCGCAUUGAUCAAUUACCGAUCAGCCUAUCGUCCAAGGUGGAGGACGACACAGAAUCCGAGGUUACCUCUAGCCAGGCUACCUGCGCUGCUUGCAAUCUAGUUCGGAUUCCAGUCGAUACGGGCGAGUACGGCGAUGUCACCUGGAUCAGUUGCGAUGGUUGCAAGCGAUGGUUUCACAUUGUCUGUGCGGGGUUCAAAAAUGACCGCGAGAUUCGGACCGUCGACAAAUUCAUCUGCCGAGGGUGUCGGCCUGUACAUGGACAGACCACCUUUGUUCGCAAAUCAUCUCGCGCCCGCACUGCCAUCGAUUACGCGGGACUCAACCAGGGACUGGUUAAGACUGCCACGGACUCGGUAGAGCAUCACUAUCUAGAACCUAUACGACAGGGCAAAAUUCAAUUUCUUGCGGAGAGUUUCCCGCGCAUGCGCCCAGAACUUGUCACGGCCGAAUAUUUUGAACGUGGCAGUGGCAUGACGGAGCCAAUUGUCAUUCCCGCCCAUAUGAACUCUCGGGCGCCGAUCUCUGCCGGCGGCCCUGAAUAUGAUCUCCUCGUCCAGGAAGCUCCUACCCAGGAAAUGUUCGACGAGCUGCUGGAACAUGUCCCCGACGAAGACCAGAAUUUUGAGCGGGUGCUGGAUUGCGGCCAAGACCAGUUGGACAUGGUGAUCCCCCAGGGCCUCACGACCAGGGCUGUGGCCGAACUCUAUGGCCCCGAGGAACGAGUGGAGGUUAUCGAUGUCAAGUCUCAACAGGGAGAAGACAAAAGGUGGACCAUGCAAAAAUGGGCUGACUACUACGAAAGCUCUGGAUCAAAGAUUGUUCGGAAUGUCAUUAGCUUGGAGGUGUCGCAAAGCAGACUGGGUAGGCUGAUUCGCCGGCCCAAGAUUGUUCGCGAUCUUGACCUGCAGGACUCAGUCUGGCCAGACGAACUUAAGGCUGUCGGCGACUACCCUAAGGUGCAGUUCUACUGCCUGAUGUCCGUCGCUAACUGCUACACUGACUUCCAUGUUGAUUUCGGUGGAUCUUCGGUUUACUACCACAUUCUAAAGGGCAAGAAAACCUUUUUCUUCAUCCCACCUAAAGACAAACACCUCAAGAAGUACGAAGAAUGGUGCAAUUCUCCUGCCCAGGACUCUACUUUCCUUGGCGAUCAAACCAAGGAGUGCUACCGCGUUGAUCUUUCCGAAGGCGACACCAUGUUGAUACCGUCUGGAUGGAUUCACGCCGUGUGGACCCCCGAGGAUAGUCUAGUCAUCGGUGGCAACUUCUUGACGAGGUUGAACUACGGGAUGCAGAUCAAGGUCGCCAAAAUCGAAAAAGAUACCAAGGUCCCGCGGAAGUUUAGGUAUCCGUUCUUUCAGAAGAUCCAGUGGUACACCACAUUAAAAUACCUGGAGGAUGACCCGAUCCCUCAGAGCGUGCUAGAUGCCUUCGCACAGGACGAAAAUUACCGCUUCCAUAGGGAUUAUCCCAUUUACUACGAAUUCGGCGAACGGGAAAAUACAGCGCCCGCCGGAUCCCCCUAUCAUAACUCACGCUUCUACUCCCAAGCGGAGCUCGAAGGUCUACUAGACCUGGCCAAGUAUCUGCUCCGGACCGCUCUGAUCGCAGGCUCGUAUAUUGUCGAAGGCGUGACGAUGGACGCAAGAAAUGCGAUCAAACGGUCCAUACCCAAGGGUGCAGGGGACCCCGUCGACACGGUCAGAAAAUUCGGAAUCUGGGUUGCGUGGAAGCGCGGGAACGAAAAGGCAGCGCAAUGGACACGCCCCGGUGCCGUCGAAAGCAAUGCUAAACUCAGCCUGACGGACAAGAAGCCCGCCGGGCGCCCUAGCCGUCGCUCCGAGCGAAAUGUUGACAGCCAGCGUAUGUAUACCGAAAGACAAGCGGUGCAGCGACUUCCAGAGCAAUCCCGCGAGCUCGAGAAUGGAUUCGUUAGCACCGGUGACUCCGUCUCCUCCAACAGCGGCGUUUCCGUUUCUGCCCCCUUGUCUUCGAGCAGCGUUGCACGGGAAGAGACUGCCCCGAAGCCCCGGACUGUGCCUCGCGGAUCUGGGUUAGGCCCGAAGCGAGUUGCUUGUGAUGCUUGCCGCAAACGACGCAUCCGAUGCCACCAUAAGGAUGACCAGAGUGAUAUGAUUUCCGCAAAACAAAUAAUGGUUGGUGCUUUCGGUCCGUCAAGUCAGUCCUCUUUGGCCCAUGACGCUGCAUCUGCAUUAAAUUCCCUCGCAGCCAUCGCUUCAGAGGCUGGCUUCCAAGACAAUCAUGGCAGGAAUCACGAUGGAUUCGAAGCCGCAGGAAAAUACAGCUCGGGGACAUUAGGAACACCCCAUUCAGUUGCACAUAGGCUUAAUGAUAUGAGUCCUGAUGGAUUAGGCCACGGAAAGAAAGGGCGUAGCAAAGCCUGUGAUGAUUGUCGAAAAAGCAAGCGCCGGUGCAUUCACGAUGAGUAUGGAAGAAUCGACCCCGUCAAGGCGCAGGAGCGGUCGAAGCCACGAGCUGCGGCCUCCGCCAAACGACCACGGCCCCACGAUGAAGGUCUUGUAUCCACGGCAAAUAAAAGACCCAAGCAAGAAAACAGUACAUCUCCUGUGACCAGGCCGGCGCACCUUAGCCGAGAGGAUGAGGCAUCCAGCAAUCAAGCUUUCCAGCCACCGGUCCAUGUUCAGAGACAUACUACAACCGACCAUGCCCCACUGACGGAUUUCCAGCAUGCGAGCAAGACGCCCUUGCAUCAGUCGAGGAUGAUGUCGGCAGAAAAGGAGGCACAAGUCGAUCAGUCCUCAUAUGCCUCGCCGCCGGCUUUCCAGACGGAUCCAGUUGUUGCCAGAGAAAUAAACGCAGACUCCAUGUCGUCUAAACCUGCCGCUUCGCUCGUGUCCCCACCAACUUCCCUGGCCGACGAAACCGACGUCCCCCAUGAGCAUGUCGACGGGGAUGGCGAACACACCGCAGUCCUACACACUCCUACGUCUAGUUCCCGCCAUUCCUCCCGCCAGCCUCGCCACGUUGACCGAUAUGUGCCCGAAGUCCAUAUCAUCAAGAACACGAAGCCGCCAUCAACCCACACCCCAGCCGCGCGACGCUCGUCUUUCAGUGCAUUGAGCGCCGCUACGCGCAAAACCACGCCGGGUCCGUCCUCAGGUUCGAAGAAAUCCUCUUCACGUCCCUCGUCAUCACACACGAAGAAGGCCUUUUCUCCCGCGGCAGAAAAGAGGCUUGACCGUCCUGCCCCUUCUCCUGACGGCAUCAAGAAUCCGAAACGUGAGCGAGGAACCGUUGCUGACGAGGAACCGGAUGCUGAGAGCCUACGUCUCAUUCGCGAACUACAAGAGCAAGAAUUCGGUCUGCGGAAACGAGCAACUCGCGUGUGA